CGAAGCUCAGUUCCCUCGAGUAAAUCCAUGUUGUCAUAGUGCCAGUGGCAUUGCAUUGGCCGUAGUGUUGGUAACUUCGAAGUUUUUGGCCGGAUCGGGCUCAGACGAUCGUUGAUGACCCGGGAUUACCCGAGAAACAGAUGUCCAGAGACAGCCCAUAACGGUCGCAGCAUACUUUAUCCAAGUGAGCUGCGCUGCCCAACCCACUCGAUCAGAGGUCUCUCAAAAGGUUGUCAAACUGUCAGGGUUGCAUGUUGCAACAAAGACACUUUUGCUCUCGACGACCCCACGCCCCAUGGCGUCUAGCUUGCCACCCGUCCAGUUCAGCGCCUCGCGCCGCGCGCAGCUCGAUCGCCAAUGCGACGACCUCAUCGACCGCGCAUUGCGCACUCAUGAUAAUUUCCACGCGUCUGUGAGUCUCGGAGAUUGGCAGCGUGUGCGCCGUCGCCACGCCAUGAACGUCUACCGUCCGCGGUCCGCACAGGGCUCUGAGGGCCCGCGUGUGUUGCUAGGCAGCGGCAUUGUGCCCGGGACGCUAGAUGACGCGUUGAACGGUGUAUACUGCGACUCUACGGAGAGUCUACGCAUCUGCAAAAGCCUUUUAAGCGACAAGUUCGUGGACGGAGCCGUACUGCGCGUUUUCGAGGCACGCGACCUCCGGGCGCCCAUUGUAUUUGCCGGUAUCAAGUGGUUCAUUAUGCGGGGCAUCGCUGGAACCAGCGGAUUGCUGAGUGAUAAGGAUAUGCUCACGUACGAGCGUAUGGGGCGUAUCAGGGACCGCAACGGCCAGUACUUCGCCUACCACGUACUGCAGUCGAUUGACCUGCCGGAACGUCCGGCCAAUCGAGAACGAGGCCUGGAACGUGUGGAUGUAUCGUGGUGUUAUCUGUAUCGACAGCUGAGUCCAACCUGGCUGGGUGUUUUCUUACUGGGAGACUUGACUUUAGACACGGUGAUACCGGUUAGUAUAUCGAGUUAUAUUGCAGCGGAGCGGGUGCUAAGUGCAGGGAAUUUCCUGCGAAGUGCUCGGGCUAAGCACUUUUCAGCGUUGAUGGCACAAAGCACGGAGAAGACCCCAGAGAAGGGAGCUCCACACUGUACCGUGUGUAUGUCUCCCCCACCAAAGAUGAUGGGGUUUUCGCACAAAACAUGCUUGGGUUGCCGUCAGCAAGUGUGUCGGAAAUGUCGUCAACGUCGCCAUGUUUUCCGAUUGCAAUUGCGAUCGGGAAAGCCCGCGACGGAGUAUUUUUGCAGGUUGUGUGUGGACAAAGUCACUCGAAGUAGCGGUGCCAAGAGCACUGCAGGACUGGAUGGGGUGCAUGAAGUACUGAAUGGAUCACGUUUGGGGUCUUCUCGUUCUGGGGAUCAGAAGACGGAGUGGUCGGCGUCCAGCUCGGGGGUUGACGGGUCCAUGCGGCUUGGCAAACUGGCGGAAUUCACGCGUCAGUGUCACGAUAGCAUCGCGAUGAAGGAAGAGACGAUCGCGUGGAACCAGGAGGAAUUGCUGGAAAUCUCGCAGUAUCUCGAGAGUUCGAGCAAUCGAUCACGCCGUCGUGAACGUCGAGGAUCAGGAUCUGGGUACAACAGCCAGAGAUCUCGACACCGGCAUUACAGUGGCGAGAACUCGAGCAGUUCGGCGACUUCCACUGGACGGAAGGAGUCGCCGGUGUACGAUAAGCAUUACGACUACUCGGACAGCCCCACUGCUGAGAAUUUGUAUGGAGAGGAGAAUAAAUACUUUGAAGAGGAGUCGGUGGAGUCCGGUCCGUGGACUGAGUGUCUGCCGAACGAGCGGAGCGGCAAGUGGACCGUCGUGUUCGACGAGGAUCGACAGGAGUACGUGCGGAUUCGAGUGCCCGGCACGGAGUCGGAAGCGGAACUUUUCGGCUCCUCGCGGGUCAAGGAGAAACCGCGAGCAAUUUGUAUUGAUGAACUGGAUUGAUGAGCGUUUGGUGAGUUGAUUGUGGGUUUAAAGUGUGAGCUGGGCAUCCAUCGUGUGAAUUUGCGUUCAGCAGGUAGAAAAAAUCUGAAGUUUGAUUCGAGUACUUAAGUAAAGCACCUAUUGCAUUAACGCUGAAGCUAGCAUUUAGUGUGACUUACUAUGUAGGCCACCGUGGAUUGCAUUCUAGUACUUGAAUUCUUAAAGCAAAAGUAGGUAACCACCAAAACAAGUAUCCUGCUGAAAAAAACAAGU